UCCACCCCGUCUGCUGCGAGCUGCCUCUCUGCGCAUACCCUCCCGGCCUAGCCCAAACCAGCGACACAGGAUCCCAGCCCCAAUUCCCACGUUGCUGUCUAAUCAACGCCACAACACCCUCGCUGCGGUGCUCCCGUGCGACGCGCCUUGAAUGAGCCAAACUCUGGAUCCCUCGAUCCAAGCUAGCACUGGCUAUAACAUGCAGGCAUCUGCCGCUCAGGAUCAAUCCAAGCCGACCAUAGAGAUGAGCUUAAGAGAACAUCUGCUCGCUGCUGGCGCUGGACAGCCCGGCGUGCAGCCUCUCCCCCAGCAUUCCCCACACACCCAGCAUCCCCAGCACCCGCACACUGCUGGCCCGCCACACGCCAUCGACCCGGCCAUUGGGGGCUCCGCCUACGACAUGAGCGCUGGCGGCCCCGACGACGGGAACACGAGCGAGGGUCGCUCCAAGGGACGGAGAGAGCUGUCAACAUCCAAGCGUGCUGCACAGAAUCGCGCCGCCCAGCGCGCAUUUCGCCAGCGUAAGGAGGAGUACAUCAAGCAGCUGAAAGACCAGGUCAAGGAGUUCGAGCAGCUAUGCGAGCUGUACAAGACGCUGCAAACCGAGAACUACCAAUUGCGCGACUACAUCAUCAAUCUGCAAUCGCGACUACUCGAGACCCAAGGCGAGAUACCACCUGCGCCGGCUGGUGUAGACCUCAAUCGCCCCCACGAACAGCCAAACCUGCACCAACAACCGCAACCACCACAGCCGCCCCAACAACCCGAGCAACCACAGCAGCAACAACAGGGCUCCAACAACAACAAUGGAGGACUCUCGGAGCGCCAGAUCGGCGAAUUGCAAAUGGCAGCGCAAGCUGCAGCAGCCGCCCAACACGGCGCAUCAGGCAACAAGCACACCAGCUCUGAAGGUUCGUACGACUACGCCGAGAAGCGCCAAAAGGUCGACGAGCCACCGCAAGGCUCAGGUUCUUCCGCCGCAGAUUACGACGCUUUCGUCAACGAACUCCAGCAGUCGAGCAAGCAGACUGUGUAAGCGCAUUACACAUACCCCCGUCGUGUCUGCCCAUCUCCUGCUCAUCACCUCUUAUCGCUAUUGUAAUUCGCUUCCCACCCAUCUUUUCUUCCUCGCUUUAUGAUGUAAUGC